GUCCUGGCGUGCCUUUCACAUGCCCAGCAGCCGGCAUCCGCAACCGAGACCCUGAGCUCGAGCUCGGAUCCCUGCGCCCCACGCGUCACUGCCGCUGCCGCAUCUCCCACAUCAACAGGCUACAACCACACCUACAGCACCCGGAACACACGCUCACUCACAAUGGCAGCUUCCUUCGCGCCCUACCAAGACAUCCCCGAGACCCAGCGCGCUCUCUCCCCUCCCCUCGCGUCCCCGCGGCGCUCCGCCGACCGCCCCCGCAAUAUCUCCGCCGUCGCCUCGCCGCCGACGCGCGCCUACGAGCAGCACGAUUACUUCGGGGCGGGCGACGAGUCGCCCGAGACCGAGAGCGGCACAUGGAACACGCCAGCGGCGUCGCAGCCGCUCGGGUUCGGCGCACCGCGCGAGGACGUAGAUAUGUUUACGACGAGCCUGGGGCUGCGGAUGGACUAUGAGGCGUGUCUUGCGUAUCUGUUGCUGCCGCCAGCGGGGGGCGUGUUGCUGCUUGUGAUGGAGCAUCAGAGUGACUAUGUCAGGUUCCAUGCAUGGCAGAGUAGUCUGCUGUUUGCGUUUGUGUUUGUGCUGCAUGUUAUUUUCAGCUGGUCGAAGUUUAUCAGUUGGGUCAUGGUGGUGGGAGAUGUGGGGAUGAUUGGGUGGUUGACAUGGAGGGCAUAUCUGGAUGCGGCGAAUCUUGAUCGGUAUGAAGUGCCCUUCUUUGGACCGCUGGCAAGUUCGAUUUUAGACGACGAGUAGACUGACCCAUCUGCU